AUGCAUAUCAAUUAUAACUAUAAUGCUGUGAACAUCGAUGGUUAUGGUCAGCGAAACUCACUGCCAGUGGACUGCAAUCGGGACGGCGUGUUUGGAGAGCCCGGGGAGUUGGGCUAUACCGAGUGCGUGGACGGUAUCGCCGAGUUUCACAGCUGCGGUAUCGCCGGCGGCGACGAAAACAACCACUGGAUAUACGACGGCGAACGGUGUGUCGACCCGAAGUACGAGUGCCCGGAGUUUGAGGGCACUUUCAGGCACAACAACAGCCACCGGCUGUACUACAAGUGCCAGCAGAGGACGCCCACCAAACACUACUGCGCCGACAACGAGGUGUUUGACGGUCUGGUGUGCAUACGUGUGGUGAGGGGUCAGGUGACCAGCGGUUCCCAUUUGACACAGGCGUUCAACUGCGCCCGAGACGGCACGUUCGCCGACCCCGAGAGCAAAACACAUUACGUGGUGUGCGAGGAGGGAGAGGCCAAUGUGUUCCGGUGCCCACACGUGCACGUGGAGAAUGAUAAGGACCGGCAGUGGUAUGAGGUGUUCACUCGGCACAAGUGUGUUACUCCGUGGGAGUGCCCGGAGAUUAACGGCACGUACAAACUGAGCCGCGCGGGUCGGGUGCACUUCCGUUGCGUGGAUGGCAUACCGUACGAACACAUCUGUCCGGUGGGCACAGUCUUUGAGCACAACCACUGCAAGCCGUUAUUCCCGGCGCCUCAGCCCCGACCGCACGGCUACCACUGUCCAAACGACGGCACUUUCCACGACCCGGAGACCCGGCACGGGUACAUCGUGUGCCAUCGCGGCCACCCCACACAUCACGCCUGUCCGGGCGGACUCGUGUUCGACGGCCGCACGUGUGUCACCGUCAGACACCCGGUGCGUCCGCACACAUUCAUCUGUCCAAACGACGGCCGAUUCGUGGACCCGGAGAGCGGUCGCGGCUAUUAUGUAUGUCUGGGCGGACUGGCCUCGCACUACACCUGUCCGGAGGCCACGCUGUUUGACGGCACGUCGUGCGUGUCUGACCACCCGUUCCAGUGUCCGGCCUCUAACGGCCUGUUUGUCAAUCCCCGCAAUCAUAGCGAGUACUACCAGUGCUUUUACGGUCGGCCACAGUUGAGACACUGCCCCCGAGGGUCACUGUUUUUGGGCAAUCAGUGCGUCCAUAGGGGCGCCCACCAUAACGAGCCCAUCAUCGAUGAUCGACAUGACCAGCACCACCAUCGAGACGACCGGUACAAAGUGCUGAUCCGCGAAAGGGACCUGGUCAAGUUUGAGUUCAACAACUAUAUCAUUACCGAUCGCUUUGAUUCGGUCGCCUGGAAGUGGAACCGCGAGAUUGUGUCGAAAAAAUAAUUAACCAUGCAACUUUUUUUUAUAAUUACUAAUAUAAUUUGUUAUUAUAAUAUAAGCCCAUUAUUAGCUAGAACCUUUUCAUCAAUUAGGAGUUUUAUUUUAUAAAAUUAUAAUUUUUGUUGUUUUAAUUUUAAUUAGUGC